CCGCCUUUCAUCCUGCUUUACUCGUCGGUCAUCGUGUCAGCUGCAGCCUAAGCCAGAAUGUCUCUCAACCCUCUGUCUUCGAUUGGGCUUCAAACCGCCAUCGUGGUGACCACCAUCGGCUUUACCCCGGCUCGGUCGGCUUUCAGGCCCGGCGCGCUGCUCAUCGUUGCGCUUUGCACUUGCCACUGUAUCUCAACGGCACUGGAAUACUUCGUUCGCACUCCCUGGGCCAGCCUCGCGGGCGGCUACUCUGUGAUGCUCCUGGUUCAUUUUGUCGAUAUCGGCCUGCUCACGCGAUGGGAGUUCCCAACAGCCAACCACCAGGAUACGAUUCCGGUCCGACUACGUUUUGGCAUCUGGGCAUCAAUCAAUGCGCGAUGCAUUGGAACCCCAGACCAAGUGCGCAACAUCUAUCCUUCUUACAGCAAAGGUCGAGCCGCUUUUCUUCUUCGAGCUGCCAGAAUUGUGCUCCUCAGCUACGUGGGCCUCGAUGUACUUGGCUCCAUGGGCGAUCCCGAGGUGGGAUCUCGUGUUCUCGUUGCAUCUCGGGUACCGAUAUUCCGGCGCUUAUCGGAAGUCACUGCGGAAGAGGUGGUCAUUCGGCUCUUUUCCACUCUUUCGGCUGCUAUUGGGCUUGUGUGCAGCCAGGGGGGGUUCUACAACCUGUUUGCAUUUACCGGCGUGCUUUCCGGGUUCAGUGAGCCGCAAGACUGGCCUUCGUUCUACGGAUCACUAUCGGAUGCUUAUAGUCUGCGGAGGGUAUGGAGUCGCGUCUGGCACCAAUGCAAUACUCACAAAUUCCGCGCCAUUGCCCGGUUUGUGGUUCAAGAUGUCUUGGGAUUUCUACCGCGAACACCGGCCUGCCAAUAUGCCCAGACGCUGAUGGUAUUUGCAGCAUCGGCUGUCAUGCACCUUCUCAUUGAUCUAUCUGCUGGCAUUUCUAUCUCGAGGUCGGGAGCUGUGCAAUUUUUCUGCACUCAAGCCGUGGGAAUUCUCGUGGAGGACUUGGUCGUCGGUAUUUACUCCGCGCUGCGGGGCCUUUCUCCCAGUCGAUCGGCUUCGUGGGGAGAACGAUUCAUUGGAUUCCUUUGGGUGAGCGCAUUCUUUGUCUGGUCGCUGCCCGCAUAUAUAUAUCCGAUGUUGUAUCGAUCUAACAUGGGACUUACUGAUUCGGUGGUUCCAGUCAGCAUCAUCGGAGCUCUAAGAUAAGUUGAUGGGGCUUCUGUAUCCGAAUUCUUGUCGGUGAAUCAUAU